UAUGAAGUAUGCCAAGUGAGAGGAACAACGUCAGACGUUUACACAGAGAUGCUGGUAUUCGUUUUUAUGGACUGGCUGACUUGAAGGUAUUUUCCGGACACUUUAGGUCCGUGUAGUUCGGGCCUGUGUGUGUGUGUGCGCGCGCGCGCUCUCAUCUGGAUCGAUGCUUUCUAUCACACACACACACGGCUAGCUAGCUCUCGCCCCGGCACUGUAAUUCUGAGCUCGCACAGACCGAACAGGCACAUUAAGACUUCCAUCUGAUGGAGAAGUGGUUGUCGGUGCUUGAAGAAGUGCCAUGUUUCCUUGUCACGCUACCACCUGGCCCACUUCUGAGCCAGUGGCCUCCUGCGGGACUCAGGCAGCCUCAACACAGCCGUCACAACCUUUGCCUGAUCUGCUGUGCAGCUGUCCCGCACCACCUUUGAACACUCACUCUGAGACACCCUCCCCAGACCCUAUGGAGUCCCUCAUCGUGGUCACUGAAUACGAGUCGAGUCGACCAUCUGGUGAAUCUGGAAAAGAGGAGGAGGUGGAAGAGAUGGAUAGCUCUGAGAUGCUAGAGCCCACUUCAUCUAUGACGGCACCUUUCCGGACUCCAUCCUGUGACCUGCUGUCCCACAUGGUUGGUCGCCCAGAGGCUCUCCUACCUGACAACCAAGAACAAAGAGGAAGAUUAAAUCUGUCCGACAGGAAACUUUCUCUGCAGGAACGCUCACACACUGCAACAUCACCCUGUAGCUCCCCGGGACUCAAUGGCCGCUAUAUUUACCCAUCAUUGCCCUACUCUCCCAUCACAUCACCCCAUUCCUCGCCACGCUUGCCUCGACGACCCACUGUGGAGUCCCACAGUGUCUCCAUCAUUGAUCUGCAGGACUGUGUUCAGCUCAACCAGUACAAGCUGAAAGAUGAAAUUGGAAAGGGCUCUUACGGCGUUGUCAGGCUGGCUUACAAUGAAGAUGACAACACAUAUUAUGCUAUGAAGGUGUUGUCCAAGAAGAGGCUGAUGAGACAGGCAGGUUUUCCUCGGAGACCUCCCCCUCGUGGAGCAAAAGGAGGUCCUGAGGGUCCCCCUCAGCCUAAAGGACCCCUGGAGAGGGUCUAUCAAGAGAUUGCCAUCCUGAAAAAGCUGGAUCAUCAUAAUGUAGUCAAGCUAGUAGAGGUUUUGGAUGACCCCGGUGAGGACCAUCUGUACAUGGUGUUUGAGCUGGUCAAACAAGGAGCUGUGAUGGAGGUGCCAACAGAUAAACCUUUCAGUGAGGACCAAGCUCGUUUUUACUUCCAGGAUCUACUUAGGGGAAUUGAGUAUUUGCAUUACCAGAGGAUCAUCCACAGAGACAUCAAACCCUCAAAUCUGUUGGUGGGAGAAGAUGGACACAUUAAGAUCGCAGACUUUGGAGUCAGUAACCAGUUUGAGGGGGCAGACGCCCUCCUGACCAGCACCGUGGGAACGCCUGCUUUCCUUGCCCCUGAAGCGCUCUCUGAAACCAGGAAGAAUUUCUCUGGGAAGGCUUUGGACGUUUGGGCCAUGGGUGUGACUCUUUAUUGCUUCGUAUUUGGAGUGUGUCCUUUUAUGGAUGAACGUAUCCUCAGUCUUCAUCAGAAAAUCAAGACACAACCUGUGGAAUUACCUGAACAUGCUGCCGUAUCGGAGGAUCUCAAAGAUUUGCUGCUGAGGAUGCUGGACAAGAAUCCAGAGACCAGAAUAUCAAUCCCACAGAUUAAAGUGCACCCGUGGGUGACGAGGCACGGUGCCGAGCCGCUCCCCCCAGAAGAUGACAACUGUUGUACCUUGAUUGAGGUGACCGAGGAAGAGGUGGAAAAUUCCGUUAAGCAUAUCCCGAGCUUGGCCACCGUGAUCCUGGUGAGAACCAUGCUGAGAAAGCGUUCCUUUGGAAAUCCCUUUGACUGGGCCCGUAAGGAGGACCGUAGCGGCGUGUGCGCUCCAGGACAAACGCUCACGAAACAGGAAGGCGGGGAUGCCAGGAGGCAUGUGGAUCUGCCCUACGUGGGAGAGGAUCAGGCUCUUUCCUGAUGCAGGUUUAUUAAGCACACUGCCUGCAGUCACACAGCUUGACGGCCCUUUACUCACAGUUUUAUACUGCCAGCCUACACGUUUUCUUUCAGGUGGACAAACUGUGGCAGCAUUUUAAAAAUGUUCUUCUGUCUGUGUGGAAGGCUUGGUCUGAGGAUGUAGGAUUUGGGACUAUGACGUAGAAUUGUCUGGAAUCUUGAACGUGUCUUCGGCUCUCACCGCCGACUCCCUUCCCUCCUCCUAUCCUGCAUGCGUUUAUAUUCCCAGCAUGCUCUGUCUCAGGCUUCAACUGUACAGUCUGGUGUUUUGUUGUGAUUUUAACCACUUGUUUCUCCUCAUCUUUACUUGACAAUGAUUUCAGGUUUACAGGGCGCAGUGAUGGUCAACGGGGAGCGAAGGUUGUCUGUCUGUGACGGCCUCAAUCAUCACCUUGAUAUUUGCUUCACGAGAACAUGUUUCUUGACAGUGAUUGUCUGCUUCAGAGAAGCAGUGGCCAGUUUUGUAACAUAUUUUAGAGUGAGGACUUUGUACAGUUUAUCUGAAAUUGAAAAGACAAAAGCAUGUUUUUUGUCCCAGUGCAAAUAACUUACUAUAAGCUACAUACAGUAUUUAUAAUAUCUACAAACUCAUCACAUAACCUUUUUGAAGUUUUCCAUCUGUUCAAUGGUUUAUGUCUCCCAUUAUUUCUUAUUAAAGCCAUGCAAAGCUUUACAAAUGUUCAUAUGAUGGGCUUUGGACACAUGUCUUCACCACUUCAUAAAAAUAGCAA